UGUGCUUAGUGUGUGAGCAGGUGCUGGGCUGCCGCUCACUAUUCUUUUUCUUUGCAAGCCGUGUUCGCUGCCUCUGAGCCCUGUUCUUUUCUUGAAGGCUUUCUCAAUAGGCUAAGAGCUAUCACUUUUAUUUUCUGUUGACAGCUUUAACUUGUGUCUGCCCUAAUGUUAUCUCUAAGGCUUGGAUUUGUAAUAAGACUGGCAUUAUGAAUGCUUGUUCAUGUUGCCUGUUAAUGCCAUUAAUGAUCUAUGUUUUGCCUUAUUCUUUAGAGAAAAGCCCAACCUGAUGCCUUUUGCCUCCCAUAGGAAAGAUUUACUUUUUGAGGAAAAGACCACAUUUCUUCAUGAAACAAGCUGCUGCCAAAAGAAUUCAUACUUUUUUCAAAGACGAUGAUACAAAAACAGAUCUGGAUAAUUUCUCUUGUAAUUGUGACUUCAGCCACUGGCCUUGGAGACAUUGAUCAAGAAGAUUCUUUAGAAGAUAAAACAAAAGGGUCCAAAUAUUGGACUUGUUACUGUAAUGAUGCCAGCUGCUCUGGGGAGACUUGUGUUGGAAGGGUAUGCUAUGUGACUGAAAGCUAUGCAUCUGAAUCUGAAGGCAUUUCCAGAGCAAAGGGAUGUUUCAAUAACAGCAUAAAAGAGCAUUGCUCAUCCCUUAUGUCAAAUCUUAAGGAACAUUGUUGUGAGUGGGACUUUUGUAACAAAGACAAAGUUCUGAACGUUACCAUUAAUCCCUCAUUGGUUACCCUUCUUCUGGUGACCGUCCUCCCCUCAGUCAUCUUUAUAGUUAUUCUGUUCCUUGUCAUAGCCUGGAUUUAUAAAGCAAAACUACACAGAAGAAACAGACUAUUGGCCAUGCCCAGUGACUUUGAUGAUGCAGACAUGCUAAAGGCUUCAGUUGUUGGUGACAGCACAUUGGGGGAAUUUCUGGAUGAGUACUGCACUACUGGCAGCGGCUCAGGACUUCCAUUCCUUGUGCAGAGAACUGUAGCUCGCCAAAUUACACUGGUGGAGUGUGUAGGUAAAGGUCGAUAUGGAGAGGUAUGGAGAGGCACAUGGCAGGGGGAAAAUGUGGCUGUGAAGAUCUUUUCUUCCCGAGAUGAGCAGUCAUGGUUUCGAGAGACAGAAAUUUACAAUACAGUUUUACUGAGACAUGAAAACAUUCUGGGGUUCAUUGCAUCUGACAUGACUUCUAGGAACUCCAGCACCCAGUUAUGGUUGAUCACUCAUUAUCAUGAUGAUGGAUCUCUUUAUGAUUAUCUACAGAGGACUAGUGUGGAUUCAGAGGGCUGCUUGAAAUUGGCACUUUCCAUCAUUUGUGGCUUGGUGCACCUACAUGUAGAAAUCUUUGGUACCCAAGGCAAGGCUGCCAUUGCACAUAGAGACCUAAAGAGUAGAAAUAUCCUUGUGAAAGCCAAUAAACAGUGCUGCAUUGCAGAUUUAGGCCUGGCAGUGAUGCAUUCUCAGAAUGGGGAUUACCUGGAUAUUGGUAACAACCCACGAGUUGGCACAAAGCGUUACAUGGCACCAGAAGUCCUUGAUGAAACCAUACGCACAGACUCGUUUGAGUCCUACAAACAGACAGAUUUAUGGGCUUAUGGACUGGUUUUGUGGGAAAUAUGCAGAAGAACUGUUGUAAAUGGCAUGGUGGAAGAUUACAGGCCUCCAUUUUUUGAUGUUGUUCCACAUGACCCUAGCUUUGAGGAUAUGAGGAAAGUUGUCUGCAUUGACCAGCAGAGACCAAAUAUAUCCAACACAUGGAGUUCAGACAAUAUUUUGUCUGCUAUGACAAAGAUCAUGAGGGAAUGCUGGUUCUCAAGUCCAUCCGCCCGGCUAACUGCUUUGAGGAUCAAAAAAACCCUAAACAAGCUGAGAAGUUCCCUGGAUCAAAUAAAGCAAGAAUGCUGAAAAGGCAAAUGCUGCGUAACAUAUUGGGAAGAGACCCCAGAGUAAAAUCUAUAAAGGACCCAAGCAGUAAGGACUACCUCCAGUUAAACUGGGCCCCUUCAUUAAACAUUCCUAUGUGCUAUUUAUAAAAGCCUGAACUUGGGAUAAACAACAAGCAAAUAACUGCAAAGUAUCCUCUCUGCAAUCAGGACCUGUCUGUUUAGAUUUUAACCAAAACCCUGAAAAUGAAACCCAUUCUUUUGUUGGGAUUAUCAUAUGAUGUUCAGAAUUCAAACUUUUUCAUCAAUACCUGAAGCAGUUAUUAGUGUUCAUAUAAUUUUUGUUUGUUUUUAGGAAUAGGAAUGUAAUCCUUGUGAUUGUUUUAUACAGAUGGGAUGCAUGGUUUAGAUGCAACAAGACAGAUGUUGCACAAGUGGUUGAUAUUUUCUUUAAAAGCAACUUUCGAUGUCUACAGUGACAAAGUGCAACCUAAUCAGAAUUUCCAGGUAUCCACAGCAAAUUCAGUUUAAGGACCCUAAAAGUUUGGGAUAAUGACCUUUGUAAUGAGCCACAGACUUGAGUGGUUGCACCAUACCCUUAUUACACGGUGUGGGGCCUCUUUUAAUAUGUUAUGGCAUGUUAAAAAAUCCAUUCCUCAAAGUUAUGCUGCUGAUUUAGAAAGUGUUUUUGCGAUAUUACAAAUGGAAGGUGUCAAAUGUGCAGAAUAUAUUUGAAACACCAUUCCUCUCAAUGUGUGUUAGAGAGGCAGCACUGAGAACCAACACCUCUCAGUAUCAGUGGACCUGUCACCCAGGCAUGAGAAGCUGUAUAAUAAAAGCCCUUUUUUAAAUUAAAUAUGAAACCCAUUUUUUU